AUGACAAAACACAUUUUGCAAGAAACUGCUGUGUUAGAGGUACCUUUCGGUGAUAAUGAAUCCGAUCCUUUUCGGCGGAUUGGAAAUCUUAUGGUCGAUUGGCUUCGUGGUUCUGUUGUCAAUAGUAUCAGCCUGGGAGGUCUUGAAACUGUAAUUUCGCUUACAGCGAUUUUUGAUAGGCUCCUUUUUCGGGUUUACAGCAAAAUGCAAAAUGCACUCGGCAUGGCCUUUGGUAUCAAUUCGAACCAUCAUGGGCUAUCGCAGUGGAAGAUUGCGUAUCUCACCGUAUCUCGAGCUGGUUGA